AUGGGAAACGUUUGUCCAAGUGAAGCUAGCAAAAAUAAGAUUCAAAGAUAAAUUGAUGAAGACUAGAGUAUUAAUGGCAACAAAAAAACCAAUAAAACUCUUGCUUCAGAUGGGUAAUUGCAAACCGAUAAUGGAGUUCGUCAUUCCUAAGAAGAUGAGGAAGCAGAACCCGUUUGCAUUAUGUCACGUAAAAAAAAUAAAAAAAUUUCCGUAAAAGACUUUUAGCUAAAACAAGUAUUAGGAAAGGGGUCUUUCGGUAAAGUAGUUUUAGUUGAAAAAAAGGAUACAAAGGAACUUUAUGCCAUGAAAAUCUUGAAAAAAGACUACAUUUAAUAUACAAAUCAGAAGUUUAAUACAUAGCAAGAAAGAGAUAUUUUGGUUAAGAUGAACUCACCAUUUAUUGUAAAGCUUCAUUAUGCCUUCUAAACAGCUGAUAAGCUCUAUAUAGUUAUGGAUUUUAUGAUUGGCGGAGAAUUGUUUUACCAUCUCAGAAGAUCUCCUAUUUUCACAGAAGAAAAAGCCGCUUACUACUCAGCUGAAAUCAUUUUAGGUAUAGAAGCUCUCCACAGCAAUAAUAUCAUCUAUAGAGAUUUAAAACCCGAAAAUAUUUUAAUAGAUCACAAAGGCCAUUUGCGUUUGGCAGAUUUUGGGCUUUCUAAAAAGGGAGUAAAAGAUCACGAGAGAACUAAUAGUUUAUGUGGUACACCUGAAUAUUUGGCUCCAGAGAUACUAUUAAAUAAUGGCCACACAAAAAUGGUUGAUUGGUGGAGUUUGGGAGCUAUCAUCUACGAAAUGCUAACUGGUGCUCCUCCAUUCUAUAACAAAAAUUAAAAGCAGAUGUUUAAAGAUAGAUUUUUGAAGCCUAUAGAAAUGAAAGAGUGGUUCUCUCCAGCAGCUAAAUCCUUGUUAUCAGGUUUAUUAAAUAUAAAUCCUGAAUUAAGAUUAGGAUUCAAAGGAAUUUAAGAAAUUAAAGAGCAUGAAUUUUAUGCAAGUAUAAAUUGGGAUAAGCUAUAUAAAAAAGAAAUUCCACCUCCAUACAAGCCUAAACUUUCAAGCAAGUAUGACUUAAGCCAUUUUUCAAAAUAAUUUACAACUGAAACUGUAAAGGACACACCAUAUUGUGGUAAAACUAUCAAAGAUUCAUAUAAUGAUUUCACUUAUUAAAGAAACGAUAUAAAUUCUGCUGCUUUAAAAUCAUAAAUGGUAAGUCGUAUUAGAGAUGAAGUUCCAACUAAAAUUGAAGAAGAGAAGAAAUCUCUAAAUAACGAAAUAACUACAGAAAGUAAUCUAAAUCAACCUCUAAUUAAUAAAUGA